AACGGACUUGCACGGCCACCCUGCAAUUGUCAUCCAAUCUACACUCCCGUACGCUCUUCUAAUCCCUUCUCGUCAGUUCUCCCGGAAUUGUCUUGCCAUCGUGCCGUCUACCACCAUGUCUCCGCCUUUACUCGACACCAUUCACCUGGCGCAUCUGCCUCCUUCGAUGCCCGUGCACGUCGCUCUAUAUCGGGAUGUGCAGAAUGCUCCCUACCUUCGCCAGCAGCUGAUGUCGGCCAAUGCUGAUUUCGAGUAUGCAUUCAUCGAUGCAAGUACGGUCCUGUCCAGAACCCAUCUUCUCUCUGCAGUCUUCAGAGCAGUCAAUGAUUUCAUGAACGGGCGCCUCAAGUCUCGGAAUGUGCACUCCGAGAUUGUCUUUUCGCUAAGCCCUGCGACGAACAUCGCUGAGUCUUUCCGCAAGUUCGGCAUCACUGAUGCGACCAAAGACCUGCUGGUAGUCAAGGUUUCUGUGACGCCAGAGAUUACUCACGAAUCGGUAGCAGCCCACCUCGGAGAACAUGUCGAGGGAUCUCCCGUGCCAUUUGACGAUGAAACGCUGUCGACGAUUUCCGAUAUUGCAAAGAUCAAGAAGGCCUACAAGUUGGGAGCGCUGAAUACUGCGCCGCCGAACCAAGCAAACGGCACGCACGAUAGCGGCAUGCGAAGGCUAGAACUAUCUGUCUUGGGAGCAAUUGCCCUGCGUGGAGCGACUUGAACAAGAGAAGUUUAGAUCUGGAAGCCACCUCUCACCCCCCGAGCUUGCUGCCUUGGAUGCUCGGUUCCCUGGAAAGCAGGCCGACUACAGUUGCAGGAUGUCUGCUCUACCCGAUCGUCAAUACUGCAGUCUUGAGUACCGGACCAACCCCUUUCUAAGAGGGCAUCUUAUGGGCGGACGAAAUCCCGUGGUCAGACGCACCUAAGCAGGACACAUAUAGAAAUCGUGAUCUCAUGUAUAUAGAGAGUCAAGGUCACCAUAGAUAUAGUUCGUGCAGAGCACUGAACUAUGGCCUCUGUUUAUUUACCUCACCCAAUCCGCCAUCAAAACGCUCACCUUACCG